AUGAAGACAAUUCUCAUAACUGGAGCUAGUAGGGGUAUUGGUUUGGAGUUUGUACGCCAGCUGGCCAGGCGUAAACCAACUCCAGCGUUCGUCUUCGCCUCUUGCAGGUCGCCUGAUGGUGCCAAGGAUUUGCAAGCUGUAGCAGCGACUCACACAAAUGUCAAGGUCUUAGAAUUAGAUGUGCAAAAUGAAUCCACUUACGGGCCGGCAGUCGAGACUGUUUCCAAUCUUGUCGGAGAGGCUGGGCUUAAUGUUCUACUCAACAAUGCCGGCAUCUAUUCUACAGAGAGCUGUGAGACAGUCGGUAGGGACCUCCUCACGAACAUCUUUGACAUCAAUGUCAUUGGUCCAAUGCGCCUCACACAGGCUUUCCUACCACUUCUGAGACGAGGAGCGCUUCACAGCCGAGUGGAAAGUUUCGGUAUGGACAGAGGAGCCGUUAUCAACAUCUCCACUGGGUUUGGUAGUAUAGCUGCAAAUCAAAGCGGUGGGCAUGCUGGCUACAGAGAGAGCAAGGCUGCUCUCAACAUGUUCUCAAAAAAUCUAAGCCUGGAACUGAAAGCAGACAAGAUCCUGGUCCUAUCGCAGUGCCCAGGCUGGGUCUCAACUAGCAUGGGUGGACCAACUGCCACCAGAACACCUGAGAGUUCUGUAUCUGAUAUGCUUCAACUAUUCUCCAUGCUUUCUGAGGAGCACACUGGCUGCUUUCUUGCUAAUCAUAUCCCACUGAAAUUCAAUCAGUUUUAGAGGCAUGACCAGCUAACUUGUUUCCACAUUCUAUUUUUUUUACUUUACCACAAAAGAGGGAAAAUACUAUUUUAACAUUUUUCACACGUCUUCUAUUUCACAAAAUUAUUGGAUAGUUCAUGGUGUCUGACCAUGUAGACCUCAAAACGUGAUGUUCUACCUUUUAUAUUAAAAUUAUGAAUUUGUAUCUUCUAGAAAUACUCAAUUCCUCUUGAUAGUGUACAAUGUAUCAUUU